CCAAGGGUGCAAUUGGCUCAUGAAUCAACGAGCACUCAGAAGCUCCUGACUUCACGUUAGAAUUUACUCUCAAUUUUUUUUUUAAUCUAUAAUAAGAUUUUCAGUGCACCAUUAAAACACGUUCUAGCGUAAGUCCCUAGUGAAAAUGUCUCAACCAGCUGUAAACUGCAUUGUCACGCCACUCAAGUGAGACAAUACCACAAUGCAGGUAUGAAUUUGCAUAGCCACCUCUGCGUCUAACCUAAUAGCAAGCCUACUACUAAUACUACAACCUUACAGUUAUUUACAAACAAUCCCGUAUUCUUCGGUCACACGAAGAGGCCCAACCCCAUCCUGUUGCGCAGCCAGAGCGGACGUUUCGCAAAACACAAGGGGUUGACGUUCCAGUUCUGUGAAGGGUGGCGCGAAAUCCAGAUCAAUAAGUACGAUGGCCGAGGAAAAGCAGAAGGAAAGUGAAAAACAAGAGUUUGAAUUCCACAAACCGCAGGAAAGAGGUGCUUGGGAAAGUUUUUCCAGGUUUAUCCAUAAUCCUGACACUGGACAAUAUUUUGGAAGGACGCCUUUAAGCUGGGUUCAGAUCCUUACAUUCUACGUAAUUUUCUACAUUGGCUUAGCUGCUCUUUUUGGAGGUUGUAUGUGGGCCUUUUACACUACAAUUGAUUUGAACGUACCAAAGAGACAACUUAGCGACAGUUUGAUUGGUGAAAGUCCUGGUUUGAGCAUAAGACCACUUUCAAGUGAAGAUCUUGAGGGAAACUUCAUAUAUUACAAUGCGAAGAAUGAGAGUCAAAUAAACAUGUGGAUAAAGAAAUUGAAUGAUUUCAUGGAACCUUAUAUUGUCCCUGUUCCUGGCAACAACUCCAUACAUUGUAGUUUUCAUAGAAGACCGAUUAAUAACGAGAUUUGCAAGGUUGAUUUGAACUUAUUCGAAGACUGUUCUCCCAAAGACUUGUACGGAUACCGAACAGCUUCCCCAUGUAUAUUUUUGAAACUAAACAAGAUUUAUGGUUGGGAACCUGAAACUCACUUACUUCCAUCUGAUGAUAUGCUACCAGACAUGAAAAGGAAUAUAAUAUCUUUACCAGAAUUGAAUAGGACACAGAUAUGGGUCAGUUGCCAAGGUCUGACGCCACAAGACAGAGAUUUUGUGAAAGAAUUCAAAUAUUAUCCCAGUGGAUUUCCUUCAUAUUUCUUCCCAUAUAAGAAUGGAGAUAAUUAUUUGAGUCCACUUGUAGCCGUUAAAAUAGUAUAUCCAAAAGCGAAUGUGAUCAUCGGAAUUGAAUGUAGAGCAUGGGCCAAAAAUAUCCGCUAUCGUGGAGGAAUAUUAGAAAGGGUUGGUUCAAUCCAGUUCUACUUCCAAAGAGACUAUUUCAACGUGCCUCUGCAAUAGCGUUCAGUCAUCCAAUGGUUAAGUGAUCAACUCCCAUCAAAAGUAUUACAUAGUUCAAAUUUCAGGUUCUUUAAGUAGUAAUUUUUAUGUACAGAAAGUAGGUUUUCGGUUGGAGGUAGUCAUCGAGCAUUCGCUCAAAAUAAUAAAUAUAAGAUUGCUAGAUAGCCAACGAAAAUUUCUUGUUGAUGUUUCUGGUGAGAAUCUAAUUGAAAUUUCUUGCAUUUAUCUUGUUACGAGCACAAAACGAUCUUCAUCAUCCCCUGUUUUAUUUUCGAAGAAAUUUUCGAUAUUCAUACAUUUUUCAUUCGAUUUGUUCUCAGAAUGACCAAAAUUAUUUUUAAUAUACUUCGCCUAAACUUAUCUACGCAUGAUUUUCCUCAUUGAUUUAAUAUUUUUAACCGAAUCAAACUAAAAUUUCAUUCUUAUUAUCACUAACUUUGAAGGACCAAAAAUGAUUAGAACUAUUUCUCAUUCUUGAGUUUCCGUUGAAUAAAUUAAAGGAUUUUUGAGGGGUCACGUAUGAAUAUCUAUCAUUUGGGAUUACUGCACUGCCUUUGAAAUAGUUGAUUCGAAAAAUACUUUCGAAUAUAUUGAAAUAUUUUGGAUGUCCCAUCAAUAAGUUUCCCACUGUAAGGGAACUUUUCAGUCUAUCAGUUAAUCCUUAAUAUUUUAAUGAGGAUAUUGUAUAUUUCCAACCUAUUUUUCUAUAACAAAUGUGCGGAUUCUUUCUGGGAGCUGUAUAUAAAAUUUUAUUUGUAAAUAUAUAAAAAUGAAUUAUAUUUCAAAGCAUAACUAGAAUUCAAUACAGCAUAAUAUAUUCAAAAGUUUGUAGUAUUAGUUUCGGAUUUUAGAGAUACUUUAUUUCUUGAUAUUGCUUAUAUUUUUGAUAGGGAAGCACUUUUUGGGAGAAAUAAUAAUAAACUGUUCUCAAUGACCAAUAUGAAGAAAGACGUGAGAUAUAUGAUAUGGUUUCGACGUGGUUUUUGAGAAAGAUAUCUCCAAAAUAAUAUAACUUGCACAAUAAUAAAAUAGGUAGGAAAAAGUUCAUUGAUAAUCAAUUCUCUAAUGUAAAGAGAAUUAUAUCUUAUCUACUAAAUCGAAGUCACAUUAUCGUGUACAUCGUAAGAUAUUAUUUCAAAGUUGCGGACAAGUCUUAGAUUUGGAGAUAAUUAGAAACCCCCAUUUGUUCCUUUUAUAAAUAAGAAAUUAAUUUUGUUGAUGCGGUUUACGUAAUACCUUCCAUACCAAAAUAAUUUUUUUUUUCAGUUUACGAAAUUUCUUGUAGAUAUUUUUAGAUGGAAAUUUGAAAUAAGGCCUAAUUAUUUCAAUUCCGUGGUAUUCCAGUUCCACUGAGAUAAACAACAUUAUUGUGUAAAUUGCAAAGUUGUUCCAUUGAAUUUGUCAGCUUUGUUGAUGAUCACUUAUAUUGAUGAUUCAGAUGUGUUUUUGAAAUGAAAUCAUAAGUACCUCAUUGUAAAAAUUACAUGUUCGUUUUGUGACAGUUGCAUUAUGUAUAUUUGUCCUUAUUCAAAGUUUCUGAUUAAAUAAUUCAGAAUUUCA